AUGACGGUGAUUGACACGACGCGCGACCUGGAUGCGCUGUUCCGGCGGCAGGUUUCGGCGACGCCGGAUGCGCUGGCGCUCGAGGACAAGGCGUCGCGCUACACCUACUCGCAGCUCGACGCGGCCGUCGAGGCCCUCUCGGAUCGCUUCCGCCGCCAGUACCGCGUCGCCCGCGACACGCUCGUGGGCAUCCUCAUGGGCCGCGGCGCAGACUACGUGAUCGCCUGCCUCGCCGCCCUCCGCGCCGGCGGCGCCUUUCUCGUCCUCGAACUCGCCUACCCGCCCGGCCUCCUCGCAGACGUCAUUGCCGACGCCAACCCGGCCGUCAUUGUCACACAAGAGGCCCACGCAAAACUCAUCAAGGCAGACGUACCCACCAUCCUCCUCGACCAACAGCACCCGCCCACCGCCACCGCCAACGGCGCACACGACGAUGCCCAGCCCCUCCCGCCCCUGCCCAAGGACACCGACCUGGACCGCCUCGCCUUUGUCUCGUACUCGUCCGGCACCACCGGCAAGCCAAAGGGCAUCGCCAACCCGCACCGCGCCCCCGUCGGCUCCUAUGCGCUCCGCUUUGCGGUAAACGACCUGCACCCGGGCGACCGCGUCGCCUGCAACGUCUACUUUGUCUGGGAGAUGCUGCGGCCCUUGCUGCGCGGCGCCACCACGUACGCCGUGCCCGACGAGGCCAGCUACGACCCCGUCGCCCUCGUCGAGCUCCUCGCCUCCAAGAACAUCACCGAGACGCUCAUGACGCCCACCCUGCUCGCCGCCGUCCUCUCGCGCCACUCGAAGCUCGGCGAAAAGCUGCCCGCCCUCCGCUCCCUCUGGCUCAACGGAGAGGUCGUCACCACCGACCUCGCCCGCCGCGCCGUCCGAGCCCUCCCCAACGCCCGCCUGCUCAACUGCUACAGCGCCAGCGAGACCCACGAGGUGGCCUGCGGCGACAUUGGCGAGAUGCUCAAGACGCUCGACGCCGACGCCGCCUACUGCCCAGUCGGCCCGCCCAUGGACCUGCCCCACACCUACAUCCUCGACGAGGCCGGCAACCCGGUCGCGCCCGGUACGCCCGGGGAGCUCGUCGUCGGCGGGCCCAACCUCGCCCGGGGCUACCUCAACCUGCCCGACACGACGGCCGCCGCCUUCACCCGCGACACGUUUGCCGCGUCCGAGCCGGGCGCGCGCAAGUAUCGCACGGGCGACCUGGCCCGCAUCCUGCCCGGCUCUGGCCUGCUCGAGAUCACCGGCCGCGUCGGCGGCAUGAUCAAGAUCCGCGGCUACUCGAUCGUGCCCGGCACCGUCGAAAAGGCCAUCAUCGACAAGUUUGCCGUCAGCAGCUGCGCCGUCGUCGCCCACGGCGACGGCCUCGAGCGCCAGCUGUUGGCCUACCUCGUCCUCGAGGACGACGCCGCCGAGCGCGGCGAGCGCUCCUCGCUGCCCAUCGACGAGAACGGCUACAGCCCGGUGGCGCGCCAGACGCUCGUCCAGGUGCUGGCCCACUACAUGAUCCCCACGCUCUGGGUCGUCCUCGACUCGCUGCCCACCCACGAGGUGUCGGGCAAGGUCGACCUCAAGAACCUGCCCUCGCCCUCGGCCGCCAUCGCCGCCGCCAACGCCACGGGCUCGCGCACCAGGAGCCCGGGCCCCGACGAGAUGAUCAACAUCAAGUCGAUCGCCAAGCUGUGGGCGCUCUCGCUCAACAUGUCGCCGGAGUCGAUCCUCGAGGCGGGCAAGACGGUGAGCUUCUUUGACCUGGGCGGCCACUCGCUGUCGCUCGCCGACCUCGCCACGCGCAUCUCCAAGACGCUCGGCGGCUUCACGGUGCCCGUCGGCGAGCUGGCCGGCUCGCCCAGCCUCGAGGGCCACGUCCAGGUGCUCAUCAACGCCCGCGACGGCCACAAUGCCGCCGUCCAGGCCGACCUGCCCGCCAUCCUGCGGGCCGACUCGGUGCUCAGCGACGAGUUCCGGCCCAAGGCCGGCAGCCCCAAGCACCUGCUCAGGGACGCCGACACGGUGCUGCUGACGGGCACCACGGGCUUCCUCGGCGGCUUCCUGCUGCACGACAUCCUGGCCAGCACGUCGGCGCGCGUCAUCUGCCUGAUCCGCUUCGACGCGCCCUACCGCACCGACCGCUCGGCGGCCAUGGCGCGCCUGCGGCGCAACAUGCUCGACCUGGGCCUGUGGGACAACUCGAUGCUCGACCGCAUCGACGUGCUGCCGGCCAACCUGUCGCGCAACCGCCUCGGCCUGGUGCCCGACGUCUACGAAGAGCUCGUCGCCAAGGUGCAGGUCAUCGUCCACUGCGCCGCCCAGGUCAACCUCGUCUACCCGUACGCCGCGCUGCGCGACGCCAACGUCGAGGGGACGCGCGAGAUUCUGCGCCUGGCGUGCCUGUGCAACGCCACGGUGCAGUACGUGUCGACCAACGGCGUGCUGCCGCCCUCGCAGUCGGGCUGGCCCGAGAGCGCGUCGAUGCCCAUUGACGACGUGCCCGACAAGCUGCUCGACGGCUACUGCCAGACCAAGUGGGUCGCCGAGCGCCUCGUCCUCGAGGCCGCCCGCCGCGGCCUCAACGCGACGGCGGUGCGCAUCGGCACCCUCAGCGGCCACUCCAAGACGGGCUCGACCAACACCUACGACCUCAUCACGGCCCUCAUUGUCGAGUCGCUCCACCUCGGCGUGGCGCCGCACAUUGACGGCUGGCACGUCGAGAUGACGGCCGUCGACUACGUCAGCAAGGGCAUCGUGGCGCUCGCCAACCACGCCGACGGCGAGCAGCUCGUCUACCACCUGGGCGACCCGGAGCCGAUCGACUGCCAGCUCCUCUUCCACCACCUCGAGGCGCUCGGCUACCCGACGCGCCGCACCGACUGGGAGUCGUGGGUGGCCCUCUGGCAGGAGAAGCGCGGCAGCGCAAAGGGCGGCGACCACGGCGUCACGGUCGACAUCCUGCGGUCCGGCAUGCCCCCCAAGGAGUUCCUCACGGGCAUCAUUGCCCUCCGCGACGACGCCACGCGCAAGGCCAUCGGCGCCGAGCUCGAGCGGCCCAAGAUCGACGCCCGGCUGCUCCAGACCUACGCCCGCCACUGGUACUCGCGUGGCUGGCUGCACCGCCAGCCGUCGAGCGUCCCCGCCACGCCCAGCGUCGGCUCCGCCACCAACGGCGUCGUCAACGGGCUCGCGGCGGCAGGAGCGGCGGUCGUCCACCUGCACAAGACGGACGUGACCGAUCGGGACCAGGUCGAGUCGCUGAUGCGCACGACGGCGGCGGCGCUGGGACCGGUCGACGUCAUCGUGUCGUGCGCGGGCGUCAUGUACUACACAUUGAUGAAGAACGUCAAGACGGUCGAGUGGGACCAGACGGUCGACGUCAACUGCAAGGGGCUGCUCAACGUGCUCUCGAGCAGCGUGCCGGCGAUGCUGGCGCGGGGAUCGGGCCACGUCGUUGCCAUCUCGUCGGACGCCGGGCGCAAGGUGUUCCCCGGUCUGGGCGUGUACAGCGCGAGCAAGUUUUUCGUCGAGGCGACGCUGCAGUCGCUCCGGCUCGAGACGGCGGGCACGGGCCUCAAGGUGACCUCGGUGCAGCCGGGCAAUACGGCGACGGACCUGCUCAACAUGAGCAGCGAUGCCGAGGCCGUGGAAAAGUACGGCGGGGCCAGCGGUGCACAGAUCCUCGCGCCCGAGGAUGUGGCCGACUCGAUCGUCUAUGCCCUCCGCCUGCCGCCGCACGUCUCGAUGAACGAGAUCCUCAUUGAGCCCCGCGACGAACCCAUCUAG